UCCCCAUCGCCUUACGCCAAGGGUAGGGGGUGUGCAUAGGCAGAAAUUAACCUGUGCUUAAAACUUUCUUUAGUGAAAGUUCAUACUUACACUUUUUUGUGUUUUAAACCUCUUUUCACUCGCUUGUUCAAAGCGUGUGGGGUCUUUUUUUCCCAUAAUAUUACAGUCAGCGUAACUUGAUCUAAGAUGAUUGACACAGUGACAGCCCCUGGAGCACUGCCUUUUGCAGUUCAGCUGAAGGCCCUAACAGAUGUGGAGGGCCGAUACCAGCCAAAGCUGAGCGGCUUGAGGCUCAUUGAGUGUUCCCAGGACAAUGGCCUAAGAAUGACCGUCAGACUCCGGGAGCUGGAGGUGAAGGACCUGCUCUCUCUGACCAGGUUCUUUGGUUUCAGCUCUGAGACUUUCUCGCUGGCCACCAGCUUGCUGGAUCGAUUCCUCUCUGUAAUGAAGAUUCAACCAAAGCACCUGUCCUGUGUUGGCCUGUGCUGCUUCUACAUUGCCGUGAAGUCAUCAGAAGAGGAGAAGAACGUGCCUCUGGCCAACGACCUGAUCCGGAUCAGUCAGAAUCGCUUCACAGUGUCUGACAUGAUGAGGAUGGAGAAGAUCAUCAUGGAGAAGCUCUACUGGAAGGUGAAGGCGCCCACAGCCCUUCGCUUUCUCCGCCUCUUUCACAGCCACAUCCAGGAGCAGCUCGACGCUGAGAGCAAGACGAUUCUGAGCCUUGAGAGACUGGAGGCUCAGCUGAAAGCCUGUCACUGUUCAUUUACCUUCUCUAAAAUAAAGCCAUCUCUGCUGGCCAUGGCUCUCAUGUCUUUGGAGGCCCUCGAUCAACAUGACCCUGAACACAGUGACAACAUAUCAGAGGCCUUGAAAGGUCUGCAGCAGCAGCUGAAUAUCAGAGAUGGAGACCUGGUUUGUGUGCGGGAGUUGGUUGGCAAAUGUCUGACUGAAUAUGCUGCCACCAGAUGCUCCAAGCCGAACCGCCAGAGACUUCGUUGGGUUAUUUCGGGAAGAACUGCACGUCAGCUGAAGCACAGCUACUACAAGAUCACUCAUCUUCCCACCAUACCUGAGUCAGCUUGUUAAACUUGGGGGUACGAGCGGGUGACCGAACAUGCAAUGAAAAAUAUCUACAUCAGUCCCCAAAUGAAUCUGUGGUUGUUCUCUGAUUGGAUGUAACUUUGAGAUCAACUAUUGGGUGACUUGCAGUAAGGUCACCCACGUACAGCUCCACUUAUUUUCCUUAAAGAUCUUCAUCAAAGAUGAUGGAGUUCUCUAAGGAAAAGUAAAAAAUGUUGUUUUCCUUGAGUUUUUGUCAUACAUUGAUCAAGUACACGGUUUUAUCUUACCCAAUGACAUGGAGUAUUGCUUUGUCAGAAAGGUUUAUCUAUUACCAUCCUGCUAAGUUUUACUUUCCUGAGUUGCUUACACAAGUGUACAGUAUGUUCUUGUCAAAAAUCCGUACCAAGGUGUUUGGUAUUUCCUUGAACGGGUUGCUGGUUUUAAGCGAAUAAGUAUAGAACCACCUAGGUCCUCAGUCCACCAUGUGGAAGAGGAGGGAGAAGGAUUUUGUGAAAUACAAAAAUGGAACCAAGAUAUCGGGCCCAAAAUCCUUAACUCCCACCCUAGGUUGCUAAACUGUCCUGAAUGCACACUCCUACCCAAGGUGAUGAUUUUGUUUUUUUAUUUUAAUAUGACGAAGGAGCUCUAGUUUUCUACUGUGGAGUGGAGCUAGUGACGAUCCCGUCAUGUAUGGCUAACAUGCCCUUUGAGCUGAUACCUUAUGAGAGGUUACAGAUGAGUAGUUUUCACUGAUUAAAAUGUUAAAUUGUGGACACAGAGUGAAGCACUACAUGUAUUGAUUGUCAGUUAUGCAAAGAACACAAAAAAAUGGUUGUUGCAGUAGAAAUGUGGUUUGGAAUUUGUAUUGCAUUUUCUUUGCCGGCUUCCCUGUCUAGUAUAAGGAGUUUCUCUUAGUAACAAAAGUGUUCAAGUUUAAAAUGGCUAAUUGAAUACACCAUCUAGUUAACCUAUUUACUGGUACCUUUCAAUAAAACUUUAUUGAAAAGCUA